CGAGCGCUGAUGAUGCGUCUUACUCUGCUUUAACGCUCCUGCGGCUUUUAGGGGACGGAUUUCUGUCCCUGCGACGCGUCUUGGAUCCAUAAACUUUAUUAUUGUUGUUUUAAUUCGGGAUCAAUUAACGAAACAACAUGCCGCGGUCAUUUCUGGUGAAAAACAAACGGUGCGCCUCUUAUAACGUCCACCGCACUUAUGAAGAGGAUCAGGAAGUCCCGUCGCAGCUGCAGAGCACAGACUCAUCAGAGGAGCCCCUGUCUGAGGGCCCCUCCCUGUCUGAGGGCCCCCCCCUGUCCGCAGACAGGUGCUCCCCUCCGGGGGAUUCAGAGCCGCGGUGUCCCGUCCCUGCUCACCCAGAGCCGGCCAGCCCGCCGCUCGCCCCCUCACAGCCCUACUACCUGACAGAGCCCCACAUGGGCGAGUUCCCGCCUUACUACAAGCCUUCGUACGCCUGGGAGCCGGUGUCGUCGUCCUACGAGCUGCGGCAGCUGAGCUUCAGCCCCACGGUGCUGCAGCACGCCAGCAGCCUGUAUGGCGGCCACAUCAGCCGCAGUCCGCCGCCGCAGCAGCCACUGGACUGCAGCACGCACUACUCCCCCAGCUCCAACACCUACCACUGCAUCACCUGUGACAAAGUGUUCUCAACUUCUCACGGACUGGAGGUUCAUGUCAGGCGGUCACACAGCGGAAUGAGACCUUUUGGUUGCAGCAUCUGCAGGAAAACCUUUGGGCACGCUGUGAGUCUGGAGCAGCACAUGAACGUUCACUCCCAGGAAAAAAGUUUUGAGUGCAAGAUGUGUGGUAAAUCCUUCAAGCGCUCCUCCACGCUGUCCACACACCUGCUCAUCCACUCCGACACCAGACCUUACCCCUGUCAGUACUGCGGGAAACGGUUCCAUCAGAAGUCGGACAUGAAGAAGCACACGUACAUCCACACGGGCGAAAAGCCGCACAAGUGCCAGGUUUGCGGCAAAGCGUUCAGCCAGAGCUCCAACCUGAUCACCCACAGCAGGAAGCACACGGGAUUCAAGCCGUUUGGGUGCGAUGUUUGCUCAAAGGGCUUCCAGAGAAAGGUGGAUCUGCGCCGCCAUCACGAGAGUCAGCACGGCAUGAAGUGACGGCGCCCGAAUGUUUGUACAUAUUAGAUUUCUAUUAAAACAGCGAGUGUCAGGCGUGUCUGCGACGGCGGGACUCCCCCAGGCAAACUGAAAUGUAAUAUAUGGGAAUCCGUCUUAAAAGACAAACGACUGUAUAAAUGUGGAAAAUUGGUGUAACUGUGUAUUUAUACUCUGGUCACUGCAAAAACACAAAAUAUCACCAGGUUUUGUGGUCAAGUUUCAUUACGAAUCAGCAGGUGCAUCGCCGUUACCUAGCAACCCCAGGGGAGACAGCCCGUUACCUAGCAACCCCAGGGGAGACAGGCCCGUUACCUAGCAACCCCAGGGGAGACAGGCCCGUUACCUAGCAACCUACCUAACUUUUCUGGAAAAAACCACUUUUUAUUACGCUGUACUUUUUACUUUUCUUCUCUUAUUUGAUUAAAAUUUCUGUAUUUUCUUCCCACUGAAUGAAAAACACGUUUUAACCAAAGAUUCACCACAAACUGACUCACAGCUGCAGUUUCUGUCAAAGUUUCAUGAGUGUUUCAUAGAAAGAGACUAAUCUGGUAAAAAUAUUUUGUCUGAUUUUUUUUUUAUUACUUAUAUGAAUUAAUGUCAUUUUGGUUCUUGAAACACCCAAAUUUCCACUUAAUUUUAUAUUUUGGCCCAUAUGAUGAUGUAAUUUCUAAAGUUACUCUGUACUCGAGUAACUUUUCACUUUAACUUGAGUAGUUGAGUAAAAUACUUUGAAGUAAUUCCACUCUACUGAUCUUUGAUUGCAAGUAACUUAAAAGUAACUUUUUAGCAAGAUAAAAGAGCUUAUUUUAAGUAAAUAAAUCUGUAAUGUUGAUUUAAAAAAAUGACAUGUUCUACUAGAUUAUUUCACAUAUUAUAUUGGAAGAAUCCGCCAGUGGAGCAAAUCAUUUUAUAAUCAAAAUUAAUUACUUGGAAGUUAAUUUUGUCAUAUUUUAACUAGAAUUUACACAAACAUACUUUGUAUUUUUGCAGUGUUUGGAUGAUUCAGGUUGUUGGGGAUAAUAAAUGAUUUGAUAUAAAUUGCAA